CGUCCGUCAGGCAUUAGGUCCAGAAUGGUGAAUGAAGUUUCGGAUCUGUGUUGAUGGACAGGGAUUGGGUCACAGAAAUUUCACCACGACACAAUGAAGGCUUUUCGAUGUAUGGCCAUUUCAUGAUCGAAUCAGAAUACAAUAUUUUGCUACCUAGCCUUUUGGAUAGUUUGAAAUAAUUGUAUUAAUGUGCCAUCAUGUAUGGGAACCGAGGAAAUAAUCAAGAAAAGGAUGAGUAUGCCAAGGAGCGAGCUAUCAUGAAUGAUGUAGAUGACAAUGGAUGGAGUCACAUCCACCAUGCUGCCAUGCAUGGCUUCAUCAAGUCCAUCGAAAGAUUUGUAGCAGCCAGUGAAGACCAGUUGGAGUUCCCUACAAAUUGCAGUCGCCAGCUAACACCGCUUCUUGUGUCUGUCGAUAGUGGUAAGCUUGAGACUGUACAGUGCUUGGUGCAGCUCGGAUCGGAUCUACGAUAUUCAAACCAGCAUAAUACUGGCAUUGUGGAACUUGCCUGCAUGAAAGGUUAUGUGGAUAUCUUGGAAUACUUCAUUGCUUUAAAUCAUAAGGAUCUUCCAGUGUGGACAAGAUUGAUGAAAUUUCUUCUGUCUGACAAUGACUCAGAUGCAAUAGCUGCAACUAAUGUCCUCACAAAACUUACCAAAUCUGAUGGGUUACAAAAGAAUGAGCAUUCAGAAUCGAUCAUUAGCCACAAUGGCAUUCCGACUCUUGUGAAAGUGAUUAAGUCAAUGAUAAAUGACAAAGCAAAAGUUGGAGCUUACCAGGUUCUUUUAAAUUUAUUGUCAAUGCAAGUUGUCAAAGACCAAUUUGUCACGGCUGGAGGUAUACCAAUAUCACUUGACAUCCUUAAAGGCAAGGAUGCUAGUCAAGAAUUGAUGUUGGUCACAGCAGUUUUCUUAUGCAAACUCUCAGAGGAGAAGGAGUUUGUUGACUUACUGGAAAAAAGUGGUGGAAUUGAAAUUCUGAUCAAACUUUGCCAGACCAGUAAUGAUGCCGAGAUCCUUGUACAGGUAAUUGAUAUGCUUGGACUUUUUGCAGCAAGCGAUGAAAAACAUCAGCAAUCGAUAGGAGGAAUUGCUGGGUCUUUUUCUGCUCUGGUGGCAUUGUUUGACUCUGACACAUCAAAGGUUCUGUUGUUGUCAUUAGCCAAAGCUGUAAGUUUUAUUGUUCGAGGAAAUAAAGUAAAUCAAGAUGCAUUUGUUAAUGAAGGAGGUUCAUCUGUUUUGAUAACUAUGGCAAGCAUGAGGAACAGAGAGCUUCAACUAAAUGCUAUUCAUACAUUGCAUAUGGUCGCGAAAGAUAAUCCUCAUACACAGAAAGCCAUCUUAGAAGAAGGUGGUGUAAUGCCACUGAUGCAGCUCUUAAAAAGAAGCCGUGCUCCUAAAGUGCAUGUAGUGACAGCAGGAGCUCUCUGGGCCCUUGCUGGUGAAGACAUUGAAGAGCAAAGGACAAUGGCAGGAAUGGUUGGAGUCCAGCUCUUGAUAGAAUUUUUGAAUGCUUUAGCUGACAAUGAUCUUCUGCAUUACAUUGGCGCAGAGGGUCUAGCAGUUCUCUCACAAGGUCCACACAACAAGCAGAACAUCAUUGCCCAAGCGAAUGGUGUUCAACCUCUGGUAAGACUCCUCCGGUCACCAAAAGAACACAUUGUCUUGAGUGCCAUCCGUGCAUUGAGGUAUCUGUGUGUAGGUAUUGGGUUCAUCCCUCAAAAGAAGAACCAAAAUACGAUCCUAAGUGCACGUGGUAUUCGUUACUUAGUAGCUUUGAUGGUUCAUUCUCGUAACGAAUUGGUCCAAGUUGAGGCUGCUCUGACACUUGGUUCUUGUUCAAUUGGUAACUCGGAUGUAAUGAAUGAUGUUUCUGAAAACAUGGAGUUUGAUUAUGUACACAUCCUGCGCUUACUGUACAGCAAAGAAGAGAUUGUGAGGUUAUUGGCAGGGUCUGCGCUGGCAGCGUUCGCUUUCAACAAUGUUGCCCAACAACAGGAAAUUGCAGAGUCUGGAGGAGUACGGUACCAUUGUUUUGUCCCAUAUUUGAAGUCAGAUGAUGAGUUUUACAGGUGCAAUGCAGCUUUUCAGGUUGUAGUACUAGCAAGGAUAAUCCCAGAUGAAGACCAGGCAACGUCGUCAGCAAUUGGCAUCAAACUGUUAGUGGACAUGCUUGAGCAGUCGAAGAAUGACCAAAUAUUAACCAUAACAUGUGACUGUAUUGCUAGGCUAGCCCAUACAAGAGCUGGUGUUCCUGCUGCCAUUGUUUCUAUUGAAUCUAUUGACAAACUUUGUGGGCUUCUUUGUGCCGAUAAUGAGCAAGUUAGGGGGUCUGCAGCCAUUGCACUUGGCUACUUAAGUUUCAAUCACAUUGCUGAGCGGCAGCUUUUGAAUAAGUGCCGUCUUGAUCCAUACUUCUUCAAGGUGAUCAGGUAUUUCACGCAUGAUUACAAGUUAUCGCCUGCAUUCAUUGAAGCAUGGCAACAUUACAAGCACAUAGGACUGCCGCCAAUUAAGACAUCAGUACACGGGACUGAACCCUGGGGAGACUGGGCCGAAUCACCAGCCCGUUUCUCCCACGAACAUGUUGACUUCCAAUUACCAUGAAGAGGGAACAGUUACGGAGGUGCCAAGCACAAACAAUGCCAGUGCUGAUGUCGGACCUCCACCAUCAAGAGGAUCUCAACCAAGUAUACGCAGUCAUCCAUCUACCGCUAGGAGCCAGAUGUCACGGAGAUCAGUCAUGAUGUCUACUGGUUCUUGAUGAUGUCCAACAUUGCUUGUUGAUCUUGAUGAUGAACUGGUUCUUUAUGAUUCUGAUUCUUAAAGGUGUCUACUUGUUCUUCAUGACGACAGCUGGCUUUUAAAGAUGUCAACUUGUUCUUCAUGUUAUCUACUGUAUGUCUUGGUUGUUGGCAAAUGUCAACUAUUUCUUGAUAUCUGCUGGUUCUUGAUAAUCUCUAUUAGUUAAUAAUGAAGUCAGCUUGCUGGUUCUUAGUUGUUUACUGGUCCUAAAUCCUUAUAAAUUUAUUUCUCUAAAUCCAAUUCAACCAUUUUUAUUUUCUAGAAUCAAGAGUUAUUUUAAUGAUGUGUUGAAUGAUUAUCAUUCAUGUUUUAAUAUAAAUGUUUUAUACUUAUAUUUUUAAAAAUCAGAUGGUAUUUAAAUUUUUUUUUAAAGUUAGUUAUUAGAAUUCAUGAGAUUUUAUGUUGAUUUUGCAAAUGUAUUUAUAUUAUGUAUAUAUUCUAAUGAGCUUAUAUAUGUUGAGUCUAUGCAAAAUUUAAUUGAAGUAUAGUAUAUUAUUUAGCACAAAACAUAACAAUAGCACCAUAAUUAGUCUAUCUUUUCAUUUAUUUAAAAAGAUUAAACCUUUACCAGGCCAACCAGUUAGACAUUACAAAUCAUCCUAUGACCAGGGUUACUGAAGUCAUUUAAAAGUCAAUGGAAAUGUUAUAAAGACAUUUUAAUAAAUUGACUAAUUUACAUAAUAGUUCAUUUAAAUAUUACCGUUGAGCUAAUUACCUUGAAAUGGAAUAGAUAUUAUGCUGGCCACCUUGGAAUAUAGUUUUAAUGAAUAUGAUUCUUAAAUGUAAAUUUUGGCAUCUUUAUUAAAACAUAGUAAAAAUUUAGAUUGUUUUUUGUAAUUUAUUGUCAUAACCAAAAUACAAAUAUUCAAAUACUGUAA